ACGGAAUACUCCGUAACAAUAACAACCUCUUUUUUUUUAAAAGAAAUACUCACCUCUAUUGCUCUAUAUAAACUCAAAAUUCCCAAAUAACAGGAAGUUAGGAUUAGAAACAACAAACAAAACACACUUAAAAAAGAAAAAAACUACUAAGGGCGUGUUUGGAUUGAAAGGUAAAAGUUAUUCCAUCAAAAUAGUACAAAAAAUGGGAAGUGAACACAGAGAUGAAGAAAUUAGAAAACCCAGAUUUCUAUGUUUACACGGUUUCAGAACAAACGGAGAAAUCAUGAAGAAGCAAAUCCAUAAAUGGCCCGAAUUCGUUUGUGAUAAACUUGAUCUUGUUUUUCCAGAUGCCCCUUUUCCGGCCCUAGGAAAGUCCGAUGUUGAAGGCAUCUUUGAUCCUCCUUAUUACGAGUGGUUUCAAUUCAAUAAAGAAUUUACAACGUAUGAUAAUUUUGAGGAAUGUUUGGAGUAUAUUGAAGAGCUUAUUAUAAAGCAUGGUCCCAUUGAUGGUCUUAUGGGUUUCUCUCAGGGGGCUAUUUUGUCAGCUGCAUUACCAGGAUUGCAAGCAAAGGGGUUGGCUUUGACCAAAGUUCCAAAAAUUAAGUUUUUGAUUAUUAUUGGAGGUGCGAAGUUAAAGUCUGAGUCAUGGGCAGAGAAAGCUUAUAGCUCUCCAAUUGAAUGUCCCUCACUCCACUUUUUAGGGAAGGAGGACUUCUUGAGGCCACAUGGAGAAGAUCUCAUCAAGUCUGUUGUUGACCCGUAUAUUAUUCAUCACCCCAAGGGCCAUACAGUUCCUCGCUUAGACGAGAAGUCAUUAACUACCAUGCUUAGCUUCAUUGACAAGAUUCAGAAGAUAGUAUCUGAAGAGGAGAAAGAUAAAGAAAGCGAUGGAAAAUAACUGCAGACAUAUAACAUACAUAUUGUUUUGGCUGAUUGAUUGAAAUUAUGCAUUUAUUUAGCCAUGGUAGCUAGUUGCACCUCUAGCUAUUAUUAUGCCAUUGCUGAUCUUGUGAUGAUGUAUGUCUUGUCUUAUUGAUCAUCUGUUUAUAAUGGGUUUCAAUUAAAUUCUAUUUUCUCAUGUAAUUCAACUGUAAAAUUAUCUGAAUGUAUUCUCUGAUAAUGUGAUGAGUCAUUACUGUCACUUUAUCAAUUAGAAACUACUUUGGUAUAAUGUAUAAGCUUGUUUACUUAGCUUGGUUCAGAAAUUUGCUCGAGUUUUUGUACAGACAGUAUAUCGUGAUCUGAUUGGCAAUUAUGCAAUUUCCAGUAUUCACUUGAAGUAUA